UCAGUUAACAAACGGACGCGAUUUGAAACGGAUGCACUGGCAGCAGACAGCAGCGAGACCGAUCACAAAACCUGAAGAUCCUCCAUAAAAGUCCCCGUCAGAGACGAACGCCGAACACACAAAAAUCAAAGUCGUAGCCGAAGCAGAAGCCGAAGCCGUGCGAAUGUCUGUCGUCGGUUCAGGUGUACGAAUAAGAAGCUCCCAGAGCCACCUUGGCCGCCGCUACGAGUAUCUUCAUCGGUCGCGCUGGUCGUUUAAAAGUGAAAUUUACUGAAUGAAAUGAAAUGAAAUGUUUUCUUGAAAGCCCCAUCCUCAGUGCCCGAGUCCGAGCCCGGCCAAUUGUGUAUGGUGAAUCGUGUUUGUGUGUUUGAUUAUUGAUUUGUGACAAUUGUCAGCCAGGAAAUGGCUGCAAAUUAAUCAAAUAAAACCAUUCACAAGAAGGAUUAUAAACCGAAUACAAAAAAGAAAAUACAAUUUGAGAAUCAUCGCACCAGAGCGAACUGCAUUGAAUGAUAACAGAAGAAAAACCAAAGGCGAUCAACGAACCGAACCAAGAUGAUAAGUGAACGCCACAAGAGCCACAAUUUGGUUACGAUACUCUGUCUGGGCUGCUCCCUGCUGCUGCUGCUGCAGCUCCUCGCGGCCGCACCUCUUGUCGACGCAGCCUCAGCCGGCGGAGUCUUCGAGGUCUUGGCUCAAUCAACAGUGUCAGAGACGGAGGCGACCACGACAACCAAAACAACGACGGUGACGGCAACGCCGACGAAGACAAAUGCCAGUCAGGAUGAGGUUGGUCAGCCACAGCCACAGCCACUGACGCCCGGUGCGACAACAGCUCCCCGACUGGAUCACAACAACAACAACGAGUGGCGUCCGUUGGGCCAUGGCGAUCCACUGCAAAAGGAUCCAACCUAUGACUACAGUCCACCCGCCCUGGACAGAGUGCGCUAUUGGGCGGAGAACAAUGGCACAGGACAGAGUAAUCCAGAGGCAAGGAAGAAGGAGCUGCCGCCGGAGGUGUUGCGGAACAAGACAAAGAGUGAGAUCCUGCUGCUGGGCGUGGCCAGUGAGCGGGUGAGGGUGCCACAUUCGCAUUCCUAUCCGGGCAUGGGCUUGGGACAGCAUCAGCAACAGCAGCAGCAACUGGCGAAGUAUGCGGCAAUACGAAGGAGUUACUAUGCUCCGCCACAGCAGCAGCAUCAACAACAUUCACCAACUCAACAACAACUUCAACAAAAUCAACACCAACAUCUGCAUCAAUUUCAACAACAACAACAACAACAACAGCACAUGCCGCCCACACAUUUAAUGCCACCGCCAAUGAUGAUGAUGAAAACGGGCUCUGGCUCCGGCUCUAGCUCCGUGGAUUAUCGUCACAGCAUGCCGGGCGGCAGUCCGGGAUCCAUUUCGGGUUCACCCAGCAUGAGCACCUCCUACAUGAGCCACAUAAACCACAUGAGUUCGCCGACACCCAAGCAAUUCAUGACCGCAUCGAUGGCCUAUCAUCCGUCCUACACCUCCUGGCACUCCUCUGCUCCCAUUGGCGGAAUGUCCAGCAUGCCGCCACAUCGCUUGAGCUACGCCGAUGCCCAUCACCAGGAGUCCAUGCAGCACUACAGCUUCAGCUCCAGGCCCCACCAGACGGUGAGCUAUUCGCCCAACUCCCUGGCGGGACAUCUGGGUGCUUCGAAGGCGUCUCUGAGGAAGCCCUGGCUGCACGAGCUCCUGCAGAAGGAGGUGGUGGUCAAGGCGAAGGUAAAGCCCACCAUGCCGGCCACCAAGUACCUGAUGGGAACGAGCAAACCGCAUCAGGCCCUGCCACCGGCUGGCUAUGGCAUUAGUUCCACGCGUCCACCGAUGGCCUACGCACCCGUGACCUUUGUGCCGGGUCCACCCACCAUUGCAGUGCCCACGGUGGCCAGCAGCCUGGGCCAGGAGAUCUACAUCACGCCCACACCACAGACCAGCAGCAGCUCCGGCUUCCGACCGAUGCUGAUGACCAGUCCAACCAGUUCCACCUCCGUCUCCAUGCCAAUGACCACGCCUACGUCUCAGCCUAUUUAUCUGCGCCCUGGAAGCAGCAGCAGCACCACCACAACGACGACGACGACGACGACGACUAACAACCGCCUGCUGAUACCACAGACGAGUAAUCUGGCCCAACGUCCCACAGUGGCACCCGCGCCAGAAUCCACCACCGACUCACUCUUUUCGCACUAUAAGCAGCCGCCAAAAGCGCUGCUCGGACCCAUGUAUCUCAUCAUCGAGGGUCACUCCAAGGUCAAGACCUAUGGCCAAAACGAACUGGACCCCCACAGUCCGAAGAUAGUGCCGGUAAUCUCCAAGAGAGAACCUGUCGUACGUACCGCAGACCCCAACGAGAAACGUGGGACAGUGGAGACCUUUCAGGUCAAGCAUUUGCAUACAAAAACAACGCCAAUGACGACCACUACACCGAGACCUACGACAACAACCACAGAAAGGCCAGUCACCAGCAGUAGUUCCACGAGCAAACCCACCCAAAGAACAACCACAACUCCAUCUGUUCCGAGGACCUCGACAACUCCAUUUACAACUCCUCCACCAUCGACAACUCCAUCGACUGCUCCUCCGCCCAGUGGCGUCAAUGAUUUGCUGAGCCUGUUGGACAACAUGUUUGCCGAUGUCCAUGAGAUUGGCUCCUCGACAGCGUCAGCGUCAGUGGCAGUCCCAGCCAGCAGCACCACGAGCACCAUCCUGAAGCCGGUGAGCACCAGGCUGCUGCCGCAGCAGCCAGAGCCACGUAUUGGCAGUCAAGCGGGCAGCAUAUCGAGUGUACUGGGAAAUGAUGAAGCUGGCGAGGAUCUGGGGUCAGAGCUUGCCACCAGCACGGAGCUGCCGCUGCGGGCAACGCGUCAGGUCUUUGACUAUGAUCAAUUGCCCGAGUCAAGGGCCACGGCCACAACCGACAUGGAAUACAAUGAUGAAGAUGAUGACGAGGAGGAGGAGCUGGAGGAGCUGGAGGAGGCGAAUUUUGAUGCCACCUCUGGCAGUCAGCAGGAGGAGAAGGAAGAGGAUGAGGAGGACAACGAGCACAAUCUACUCAAACGCAUAGACAGAUUCGUGGACGAUGUGGACGAUGGAGAGGAUGAUUUAGAGGAUUUGAUUGAGGAGAGACGACAGCAGCAUUAGCCUAAGAGGAGACGAAAUUUCUUAACUGCGCUCUAUACCAAAUCUAUCAGAAACUUUUCUUACACUUAAAUGUUUUUGUAAAUAAGUCAGCUUUAAAUGGAGGAGAACCAAACCGAUCCGAUCUGUAUCCGUAUCUGUAUCUGUAUCUGUAUUUAUUUGUUGUUAGUUGUUAGGACCUGCUGACGUCACAAUGUGACUGCAAAGUUAGUUACCAGUAAUUUAAUUCAUUGAAAUGUCGUUUGUUUUGUAGUUC